UGGCGCGGACGGGCCGAGAUGCUGAGCCUGUGCACGGAUAAAUGACUUGACUCGGCGCAGUGGGGCUAUAAAGCCUGGACCGGCUGCGGACAGCUCACACACCCACACACACACUGUGGAUGUUCAACAGGCUGCACACAAUCUGAAUGACUGUUUUCAUCUGGCUGGUUUUCUAUCUGUUGCUUUGAGGAGAUUUUCAGACUAAUAACCAAAUAUUUUGAUGGAUAAAAUGUAGUCCAAUUAUCUUCUCUUUAUUAAUUUUAUUUUUGGGAAACGAAAUCCCCAGCACAUAUUUGGGGGGAAAUCGCUCAAGCCGAUGCAUCCAGGACAUAUCUAGGAUCCCCACCAUGGAUGUGACACUGGAGGGGAUCGACCCUGCGACUCCCAGAGCUUUCUUACUGGCCUGCGUGACUCUGCUCUUCUCCCUCCACCUGUGGCGUUGGCUCGGGCAGCGCUCUGUCCCGGGACCGCCCGGUCCUCUCGCCUGGCCGCUCAUCGGCAACGCGGCGCAACUCGGCAAGCUACCGCACCUGUACCUGACGCGCAUGGCACAGAAGUACGGCAACGUGUUCCAGAUCAAACUGGGCAGCCGCACCGUGGUGGUGCUGAACGGGGACUCCAUCAAGCAGGCGCUCGUCAAGCAGGGAACCGACUUUGCCGGGAGACCGGACUUCGCCUCCUUCAAGUACAUCUUCGACGGGGACAGCCUCGCGUUUGGCCCCUUCACGGACUGGUGGAAGGUGCACCGCAAAGUGGCGCAGUCCACCGUGCGCACGUUUUCCACCGGGAACACGACCACUAAAAAGACUUUCGAGCAUCACGUCCUGUGCGAGUUCAGGGAGCUGCUGCAGCUGUUCGUGGGCAAGACCAAGCAGCACCGCUUCUUCCAGCCCAUGACCUAUCUGGUGGUGUCCACGGCGAACAUCAUGAGCGCGGUGUGCUUUGGGAAGAGGUACACGUACGAGGAUGAGGAGUUCCGGCAGGUGGUGGGCAGGAACGACCAGUUCACCCAGACCGUGGGCGCAGGGAGCAUCGUGGACGUGAUGCCCUGGCUCCAGUACUUCCCCAACCCCAUCAAAACCAUGUUUGACAACUUCAAGAAGCUGAAUCUGGAGUUUGGCCAGUUUAUCCGUGAUAAAGUCAUUGAGCACAGGAAAACGAUCCAGUCGAGCAUCACCAGGGACAUGACGGAUGCUUUGAUUAUGGCGUUGGACAAACUGGGAGAUAAGACUGAACUCACAGGAGGGAAGGACUACGUGAGCCCCACUAUGGGAGAUAUAUUCGGAGCAAGUCAAGACACUCUGUCCACAGCUCUGCAGUGGAUCGUCCUCAUACUCGUCAAGUAUCCUGAGAUGCAGCUGCGUAUCCAGCAGGAGGUGGAUAAGGUGGUGGACCGCAGCCGACUCCCCUCCAUCGAGGACCAGCUGCAGCUGCCCUACAUCAUGGCCUUCGUUUAUGAGGUGAUGCGCUUCACCAGCUUCGUCCCCCUCACCAUCCCACACUCCACCAUCACCGACACCUCCAUCAUGGGCUACACCAUACCAAAGAACACGGUCAUCUUCAUCAACCAGUGGUCCAUCAACCAUGACCCGGCCCUGUGGUCCCACCCGGAGACCUUCAACCCCCAGCGCUUCCUGGACCAGAAUGGUGCUCUGAACAAGGACCUGACCAGCAGCGUGCUCAUCUUCUCGCUGGGCAAGCGACGGUGCAUCGGCGAGGAGCUGUCCAAGCUGCAGCUGUUCCUUUUCACCGCCCUCAUCGCCCACCAGUGCCACAUCACCGCGGACCCGGCCAGGCCGCUCAAAUUAGACUACAACUAUGGACUUACUCUGAAACCUCACGCCUUCUCCAUAGCAGUAUCUCUGCGUGGACAUAAUAUGUCGCUGUUAGACGAGGCUACGAGGGACGUAAGUGCUGAGGAGGUCAAAGGCGAGCCCUCAUCAGACUCACCGACAAAAACUGAAUAAAAUCAAAACAUAAGCAUUGAAAAACGAAGGCUGAAACAAAAAAGACUUUUGUAGACUCUGUAGCUCAUGUUUAUGGGCUGAACUGUAUUUAUAAACUAAAAUCUGAGGAUAAACUAUUGUCCUCGAAUGUUAUUUUGGAUAUAACAUUGAGUUGAGAGUGAUUUAACAGUUGUGAUCACCAAUUACUGAUUUCUAAGUACUGCAGUGCCAGACGGAAACAGAUGUGUUUCACAGGAGACAUGGCGUGUAGUGUAGACACGCAACGUCUCAGACAGGCAGCAGUUCACCUGGAGUGAAUCUCCUCCCACAUCAAACGCAAUCUGACAAAGCACUUAGGAAACAUAGCAUCUUCUUUUGAUUCAUCAAGGCGGAGGACUACAGUCAGCUGCACAUCACCGGCAAAACUCAGCCGCGACGCAGGCAAACAGGCCUUACAAGUCCCGACAGCUGCAGGAACGGAAGCCUUGUGAUUUUGGUGUGAAUGCCAUCGCUGAGGAAUUUAUUGGGGACUUCCUGGUGUUGUUAUGCUCUCUCUUAGAUGCCGUCAGAUAAAAAUAAGACUACUUUGAAUCUGCAAAAUGUAAGCUUCUCAUGAUUCCUUUAUUUUAGCCCCAAGUUUCAUUCACUUUUAUUCCUGAUCCUUUCAAGGCCCUUCACAACAAAAGAUUGUAGCAUUUGAAGGUUAAACAAUCAAUACUGGAGUUUUAAGAUUUCUAUGUCAGGUUAGAUGCCAGAUCAGUAAGUGAAUCUACGUGAACAGGUGAAUGUACUCAUGUCUACUAACAAACUAAUUAUAUUUCUAGAUCUUUUAAAAUAUAUAUAUAUAUAUAUAUAUAUAUAUAUAUAUAUAUAUAUAUAUAUAUAUAUAUAUAUAUAUAUAUAUAUAUAUAUAUAUAUAUAUAAUAAAGCAUAGUUACUCAGGAUUAAGGCCUGUGAAACUCAUCAUACUGUUUUAGCCACAAUGCUUUGUGCAGUCAUGUAUUCUACUACUUACUGUAGUCGUUAAUUGACAGGAGUGUAAAGGGUACAACAGAGCUACUGCCAGGACUGCUCUGUUGGUGCAUGCACCCACAGUAUAUGGACAGAUGAAUAUUCUAUCACUGUUAUUUUGGCUCUUUUUGGUUUAACUAUUUAUUUUUAGGAUGCUGUUCUAUGGAAAACCUUUUUGCAUCAUUUAAUUUCCAUACUCAAGAUGCCAGUAACCAAAUAUUUGGUCUUCGUGUUGUUAUAUUUACAGAAACAUUCAUGCAUUUGCUGUCUCAGUGAGACCGACGCACUGACUGUAAAGUCUUGGAUUCGAGCGUUUGUUAGCUUGGGGACUUCCUGGUGUUGCUAAAUUAGGGCCCUUGGCCUUCCGCCAAGGGCCCGAUUUCAAUUCAAUCAAGCUGCAAUAAAUUCACAAUCGUAGAUAUCAGUUCAAUAAAUAUACCUGAUGUUAAAGAAAGUGAAAGAAAAUUCCUGGAUCCGGGUUACUGUACCUAAGUGUUGGCAUACAAAUAAAGUUUCAAAAGCUAAAACGCAAGAAAUACCUCAAAUCCAAACUGUACACUAUCUUUACCUCAAAUUCUUCUUUUCAAAGAACUAAAUUGAGAUGAGUGAAAGGUUGAAGGUGACCUAUCAUUUAUUACCGCUCAGUCUGGCAUUCAGGUUCUUUAAGCUUUGGACUGCACACAUAACUGCAGCUGUGAAUUUAGCUCUUCUGAGUAUUUCCUCAAGCCACUUGCCUGAAAGUUUGUUUGAAAUAUUGUAAUAAACAGACCCUUUAACUA